ACCGCUCUGCAGCCUGGUGCCGGGUGUUGGGGUGGGGCUGUGGGGUGAGGAAGGGUGAACCCAUCGCUGCCCCCAGGCUGCCUGAGGUGACCCUGGCGGGACUCGGUGUGGUGAGGAACUGACCAGGUGGAGAGAAAUGUUCAUCCAAGAAUCCGAAAUAGUCAUAAAAUGCGUCCUCUGGUGUCACCGCGUUUGACUCAAAGCUGUUUGCGAUGGCAAUCGUGUUAUUUGCAAAGGUUUUGAAGCUUUUUAAAUUGCUACACAGAACCCGGCAAGAAGUUUUUAAAAAUGAUACCAGAGCCCUCGAAGCUGCAAGACAAAAGAUAAAUGAAGAAUUCAAAAACAACCAAAAUGAGACAUCUGAAGAGAAAAUAAAUGAGCUUCUGAAAAUAGCUUCAGAUGUUGAAGUGAUCCUCAGAACUUCUGUUAUUCAGGCAGUUCACACAGAUUCCGACAAAAUAUUACAUGGGGUAUCUGUACUUGGGACAGAAUGUUUGUCAUUGCACACGUGCACACACGUACGUUUGUACAGGUUUGCUAUAUGCUUAGCUGAUGUCUGACUUAGUCAAAGUACAGCAUUAUGAUUUAUUUGUGCUUUAGUUUGUACUGCUUGAGCAAAUCUGACACAACACAGCUCUUUCCCCUCAGGAAGCAAGGACGGGCUGAUUUCUAAGAGCUAAAAGGCAAGAACUGAUCAGAAACAGGUUAAAGUGAUGUGUAUUUAGACAAACACUGACCUCAUGCAGUUCUGUGAGGAUAUAGCAGGCAUAAUUGUCAUUUGAUGCUUUCUUUUCUGUUGUCCUUUAAAGCAGCUGUGACAAAAUGAUUGUUACAGAUUAGAUUUCAGGAGGUUGAAGUGGAGGGCUAUGCCAAAUUUAGUCUUAACUUUGGGAAUUGUUGCUGUAAACAUAAUCUGACUCAGGAGUGUUAAAAUUGCCAUUCUCCCUCUUGUUAAAAGCUAUUGCAACAGUUUGACAUUUUUUAUGAAUUAUUAAUGGUAUUAAAAUAUUUUCAGUGUUACUAAAAGUAAAAAGGUGAAGGAAAUAUGGAAAUAGUCUAUCUAGCAGAAGGUAAAAGCAGUAUCAUUUUGUCUUAGAUAGUUACCAUGAUGCUGCUUGUGUGUGUACCAGAAGUUUAAUUCUUAUUUUACUAACAUGAUUUUUUAUUUGUAAAUGUUAAAUCAACUUUAUGAUUUUAGGUAAUAUUUGCCAUAAGAUGUUAUUUCUAAUAGUUCUGUGUUUUGUUUUUGUGUUUUGUU